ACCUGGCUCUAUUGGAUCUUCGGAAUAGAAUCCAGCCAGUCAUAUCCGUCCUUUUGGAGGGCCUUCUUCUUUUUUUUUUUUUCUUUUUCUAGACUGCUAUGUUAUCGGAAGCAAACAUUUCGUUUUACACGUGGUCAAUAAUCGAAGUUAAUAUGAAUAUCAACGGCUGUGAUUUGUUGGGUUCUGGAUGAUGUCCACAUUUCGCAGUUCCUUAUGCAUUAAGGAACUACUUCUAAAUUGUUAUUUUGCCGUAUCCAGCACCAAUCAAGUGGGUCCGUCACCUCAAUACAUAUAUUAUUUUCAAAUUCUAACUGUCAAGAUAACUGUCUAACUUAUUGGGUCCAAAACUCUGAGCCCAUAAGAGGGUCCAAUUACACAGAUGGGCCUCGGCCCAAUGAAUUGAGCAGAGUAGUUGGAAUGGGUGGGAAUCCUUUAAUCUGAAAAGCGGUUUGAGCUAAUCAAUGGUUAGGUGUGGCAUACAGUAAUUGUGAUGGGCCUGAAGCAUAUGAUUGCAUCCAAAAGCCUGUACACCUCAUUGAUCUUUCUUUAUAAACUGUUGCACCCGAAGUGGGUUGCAGCUGGAGGUCGACCCAUCAGUAUCAUCAUUGCAGGAGAUCAACGGUUCAAAUUACCUCAUGAUGAAUGGGAAUGGGUUCAGGACAGAGUGGGUUAUCGGACGGUGCAUUAAGUGCCACGUGAGACUUCCUCUUCCCACGUGCAGAUGGAAAGGUCACGUGAGCCACCGAGGCAUAUUCCUCUAAACUAUCGAGCUGGUUACCCUCCACUUCCAAAAAGAAAUUCCGGUGGUCAAUCAUAUAGUAACACGUGUCAUCAGAGGUAAUAUUUUUUUCCCUCUCUUUUGUUAACCGUCAUUAAGCCACGUAAAAUGCAUUAUUUAUCCAAACACCACUUUAAAGCCUUCGCCAAACGAGGUCUUGGCUUCCCUCCCUCACUUCACAUUUGAGCGAGCGAGAGCGGCAGGGUUAUUGGCGGCUCUGCAAAACCCUAGUUGGCUACCAUGGCUUCCGAUCCUACUCCUCUUCAGCUAAACCAAAUCGCGGCGAUUCUCGGCCCUGAUCCAGUUCACUUCGAAGCCCUAAUCUCCCACCUCAUGGCCACCGCCAACGACCAACGCUCUCAAGCCGAGGCUCUCUUCAAUCUCUGCAAGCAAACUCAUCCCGAUUCUCUCGUUCUCAAACUUGCGAUCCUUCUUCAGUCAUCUCCGCAUCCUGAAGCGCGAGCAAUGGCCGCGAUUCUACUCCGAAAGCAACUCACUCGAGAUGAUUCUUACCUAUGGCCAAAUCUCUCUGCCACCACUCAGGCGAAUCUCAAAUCGAUUCUUCUUGACUGUGUUCAACGCGAGACCGCCAAAACGAUAUCAAAAAAGUUAUGUGACACUGUUUCAGAACUUGCUUCUGGGAUUUUGCCUGACGGAGGAUGGCCUGAGCUAUUACCGUUCAUGUUUCAGUGCGUUACUUCAUCGAACUUUAAGCUGCAAGAGGCGGCGCUGUUAAUUUUCGCGCAAUUGUCGCAGUACAUAGGAGAAACCCUACUUCCGCAUUUGGAUACUCUUCACUCUGUGUUUUUGCAGAGUUUGGCUUCAUCCAUGAAUUCUGAUGUUCGCAUCGCGGCUCUUGGGGCGGCGAUCAACUUCAUUCAGUGCUUGUCCAAUGCGGCGGAGCGGGAUAAGUUUCAGGACCUUUUGCCAUUGAUGAUGCAGACAUUGACCGAGGCGUUGAAUUCCAGCCAAGAAGCAACUGCCCAAGAGGCACUGGAAUUGUUAAUUGAGUUAGCUGGGACGGAGCCCAGAUUUCUACGGCGCCAAUUGGUGGAAGUGGUGGGUUCAAUGUUGCAAAUUGCAGAAGCGGAGUUGUUGGAGGAGGGUACGCGGCAUCUAGCCGUGGAAUUUGUUAUCACUUUGGCUGAAGCACGAGAGCGUGCCCCGGGAAUGAUAAGGAAGCUGCCACAGUUUAUACAAAGGUUAUUUGCGAUACUGAUGAAGAUGCUGCUGGAUAUCGAGGAUGAUCCCGUAUGGCACAGUGCAGAGGAGGAGCAUGAGGAUGCGGGUGAGACUAGUAAUUAUAGUGUUGGACAGGAGUGUUUGGAUAGGCUCUCCAUUUCUCUUGGUGGGAAUACCAUUGUGCCGGUGGCUUCUGAAUUGUUGCCGGCUUACUUGGCAGCUCCUGAAUGGCAAAAACACCAUGCUGCCCUCAUUGCCCUUGCUCAAAUUGCAGAGGGUUGCUCCAAGGUGAUGAUAAAAAAUCUAGAACAGAUAGUAUCAAUGGUCUUGAACUCAUUUCAAGAUCCACAUCCCAGGGUACGAUGGGCAGCUAUUAAUGCCAUUGGACAGUUGUCAACGGAUUUAGGCCCAGAGCUACAAGUUAAAUAUCAUCAACGGCUACUGCCUGCACUAGCUGCAGCAAUGGAUGAUUUUCAGAAUCCCCGAGUACAGGCCCAUGCUGCUUCAGCAGUUCUCAAUUUCAGUGAAAAUUGCACCCCAGAUAUCUUAACCCCAUACUUAGAUGGAAUUGUGAGCAAACUGCUUGUACUCCUACAGAAUGGGAAGCAAAUGGUUCAGGAGGGGGCUUUGACAGCUUUAGCAUCAGUUGCUGAUUCAUCACAGGUGCAUUUCCAGAAGUACUAUGAUGCCGUAAUGCCUUUCCUGAAAGCUAUUUUAGUGAAUGCAAAUGACAAAUCUAAUCGUAUGCUUCGGGCUAAGUCAAUGGAGUGCAUUAGUUUGGUUGGAAUGGCUGUUGGGAAAGAGAAGUUUAGGGAUGAUGCAAAGCAGGUUAUGGAUGUACUUAUGUCAUUGCAAGGAUCUCAGAUGGAGGCAGAUGAUCCAACAACAAGCUACAUGUUGCAAGCAUGGGCCAGACUUUGCAAGUGCCUUGGCCAGGAUUUCCUUCCUUACAUGAAUGUUGUCAUGCCCCCUUUGCUUCAAUCUGCUCAGCUUAAGCCUGAUGUUACCAUUACAUCUGCGGAUUCGGAUGCUGAUAUUUAUGACUCUGAUGAUGAUAGCAUUGAGACUAUUACACUUGGGGAUAAAAGGAUAGGGAUCAAAACUAGUGUUUUGGAAGAAAAGGCCACAGCUUGCAACAUGCUAUGUUGCUAUGCUGAUGAAUUAAAGGAAGGGUUUUUUCCAUGGAUCGAUCAGGUUGCUCCUACAUUGGUUCCUCUUCUUAAAUUUUAUUUUCACGAGGAAGUUAGGAAGGCUGCUGUUUCAGCCAUGCCGGAGCUGUUGCGAUCAGCUAAAUUAGCUGUGGAGAAGGGGCUGUCUCAAGGUCGGAAUGAGUCCUAUAUUAAGCAAUUAUCUGAUUACAUAAUACCAGCCCUGGUGGAUGCGCUACACAAGGAGCCUGAGACAGAGAUCUGUGCAAGCAUGUUGGAUUCGUUGAAUGAAUGCAUACAGAUUUCUGGACCACUUUUGGAUGAAGGCCAAGUGAGGUCCAUUGUGGAUGAGAUAAAGCAGGUGAUCACAGCCAGCUCAUCUAGAAAGAGAGAGAGAGCAGAAAGGGCCAAAGCAGAGGACUUCGAUGCAGAAGAAGGGGAACUGCUAAAAGAAGAAAAUGAGCAAGAAGAAGAGCUCUUUGAUCAAAUUGGUGAUUGCUUGGGCACUUUGAUCAAAACCUUCAAGUCUUCUUUCUUGCCUUUCUUUGAUGAGCUUUCAUCUUACCUGAUGCCUAUGUGGGGUAAAGAUAAAACGGCUGAAGAGAGAAGAAUUGCCAUUUGUAUAUUUGAUGAUGUUGCUGAGCAAUGCCGAGAAUCAGCUCUUAAAUACUACGAUACUUACCUUCCUUUCCUAUUGGAAGCCUGCAAUGAUGAGAACCCACAUGUUCGUCAGGCAGCUGUUUAUGGAAUAGGUGUUUGUGCAGAAUUUGGUGGGUCUGCAUUCAAACCUCUUGUUGGAGAGGCUCUUUCCAGGCUGGAUGUUGUAAUAAGACACUCUAAUGCACGGGAUUCAGAUAAUGUAAUGGCUUAUGAUAACGCUGUUUCAGCUCUUGGAAAAAUAUGCCAGUUCCAUCGCGAUAGUAUAGAUGCCGUGCAGAUUGUUCCUGCUUGGUUAAGUUGCUUGCCUUUAAAAGGUGAUUUGAUUGAGGCCAAAGUUGUGCAUGACCAACUAUGUUCAAUGGUGGAAAGGUCAGAUAGGGAACUUUUGGGGCCCAACAAUCAAUAUCUUCCCAAAAUAGUUGCAGUCUUUGCUGAGGUCCUAUGUGCUGGUAAAGACCUGGCAACUGAGGAAACCACAAGCCGAAUGAUUAAUCUGCUGAGGCAACUUCGGCAGACAUUGUCGCCCUCUGCCCUGGCAUCAACGUGGUCAUCCUUGCAGCCUCAGCAACAGCUCGCGCUGCAGUCCAUCCUAUCAACUUAGUUAAUUUCACAAUGGUGAGUGUGAUGUUCCAAGAUUCCCUUGUGAGAUGCUGCUGUGUCGGGUCGGUCCGGUUUGCUUUGUUUGCUGUGUGUUAGGUAGUCCAUUCUUUUCCAUAAUAUGAUUCAUAAUUGGUUGGGCAAUGUUACACAUUUGUACCAAAGCAGCAGUGUGCAUUAUUGCUUGAUUGCUCUGAGGGUGACGUGAAAAAUAUACGAGUUUUGGUGUAGAAUGUGUAUAUUAAAGUGGUAUUCAUCAUCCAGUCCUCCCUCGAAAGGAGAGGAAAAAAAGAAACGAAAAGAUCAAUAGUUCAUAGUUUGUGGCUCUGUUUGAAGGGUCGGUGUGUGAAUGCGAUGUUGAGGCUUGUUUGUCAAGCAAAAUCAGUUUUGGUGAUUUUUAGACAUUUCUAUACAGUUUCUAUCCUCUUUUCUUUGGGGAAGUUUCAUGUCUAUUUUUAGAUUGCCGGUGAGGUUUUGUAUAGCUUUUCUUUAUUGGGUUAUUAUCUUACUUUCAUGUUCUGGUUCUGAAACAGUUAAGGUGGAUUCAUGGUGUGGUUGUUA